ACAGGUAUAUCAAGUACAACAUACGUCACAGCGCUUUAUCAUUACGAAAUAUUCACAAACACACCCACUCCGAUUGCGAAAGAGAGUGGGAUUUCCUCAAAAACAAUAAUACCCAGUUGAAAUGAUUCCGCCUUUAUUUACCAACCUAAUUUCUGUGUAUUCCAAAUAAUAUUCGCAGACUCGACCACUUUGCUCAUACUGAAUAGUUAAUAGUUUAUCGUCUGUAAACUACGAUCGAAGGAUAUACUAAAGGGCUGUAGUCAUUGGCGUCAUUCGAAAUAUAGCAGAAACUGAUCUUUACAAUUGACGCUUUCGUUCAUAUAUAUCAAUGGUUCUUUAUAGUUUGAGUGUGCAGAAGUAGUCUAUUCGACUUGCUGAGAAAGGUUUCAAACGGGUUAUGAACAAAACCUUGGUUCUGAAAAUGGAGAAGACACUUUGCGAUCGGAUGGGAUUGAAUAUCUUAAAAGAAUUACAAAUCCUCGACAGAGGGGUCAUGAAUGAAUGUCGGGGUUUUCAGACUGACAGAGGAAAAUACUUUGUCAAGAUGAACACAAAGAGUCAGACGAUGACGAUGUUUGACGGCGAAAAAGCUGGCCUAGAGUCCCUGCUAGCCACUGGAACGGUCCAAUGUCCCAGACCUAUCCAGAUCUAUGACAUUGAUGAUGGCCCAGGAUCUAUCUUUAUCAUGGAACAUCUUGAAUUGACAGAACUUGAUCAGCAUGCUGCGGCGUUAGGUGAAGCUGUCGCAAGGUUACAUCUCCACAACAGUCGAUUGAAGAUGAAAGAGGAAAAGCACGAUGGCAGGAUCGGUGGGGUCCCGGUUUCGAGUCCUACAUACAUGCAGAAUGGAAAUGGGGAAGAUGUUGAUGAGGAAACCCAACGAUCUGUCUCGCAAUUUGGAUUCCACACCACAACCUGCGUGGGAUACCUACCUCAAGAUAACACAUGGUCGGAUGAUUGGAUGACUUUUUUUGUCCGCCAAAGAUUGAAACCUCGGAUGGAUUACAUUGAGAGGGAAUUUGGAGACCGCACACUGAUCGAGAUGUGGCCGCAUCUUGUGAGGCAUAUACCGCGGUUAUUCCGCGGUACCGACCGCGUUAUGCCAGCCUUGCUGCACGGUGACCUACACGGGGGAAAUGUUGGCGAAACAACGACGGGUCCAGUGAUAUUCGAUCCUGCUUGUAUCUAUGGACAUCACGAGUUUGAACUAGCAGCGACCCGAGACUUUGUCGACUUCAAACAAGAUUUCUACCCAGCCUAUCACCGACUGAUUCCAAAAGCAGAGGGUUUCGACGAGAGGGAAAAAUUAUACAUCAUCAGUUUCUAUCUCAAUUAUUGGUGUCAUUUUGGACCCAGAUACAAGGAUAAAGUGCAGGAGCUAUUUACCCAACUAACAAAGUAGUCACGAUCAUUAUCGCGAAUAUGCUCUGAAUCCAAAAGUUUGAAUAACCAUUUCGAACGGUCCGAGGCACUAAUGAAAAUCAUUGAGACUAAAAUUUGAGGGGGUAAUUAUGCAAUAUGAUAGUUGAAAAGGCGAUCAAAAUGAACUGACAACACAAAUUACAUAUUCCAAACUGUUUAUUAUUCUGUAUUAUAGUUUGCAUAUAAUCAAGUAUUCAUAGUGAUAUAACUUAUUCAUAGAGAGUAGAUGAAUUAUACCAAAAAUAAUAUUCACCAGUUUGAUAAAAUAUAUUUUGUGUGAAAAUAACUAUUGGAAAGCCAUUCUGCCAUAGAAAAUAAACACCAGUACAACAAAGGUCUUACGGGUAGACCGAAUUUCAAUAUAAAAUCCUUAUUUCUGUACUGAAUUCAAUCAUAUCUCAUGUGUUAACCAUCUUAAAAAAGAUAAGCUCACUCAUCGAAUCUUGUGUAAUUAGUGGCAAUUUGAAUGUUUUGGUUUCAGAGGGUGAAAAAAUAUAGGAUAAUAGUUAUUUUUCUGACUUGGGGCUAAAACCUCCUUAUAGGUUAUUUUUAUUGAUGUUGAAUGUCCGGAUGGUUCCCAGCUCUUUGCUUUCCAAUUAAGGUGAUAGUGUUUAGAGAACAGUUUGUUCCAGUAGCCCAAACACCUUAUUUGGGUGUUUUAAAAAUAUACAGGCCUACAAACGGCAUUGCCUCAGCACCUUGUGAUGUUAAUCUUACCACCUGCUUGAAGAAAUGUUCAUGAUGUGUGACUGGUGCUAUGUUCGGUAUAGUUUCGCUCCAACACCUCACUGUAAGAACUGGGGUGUUAAAAGAAACAGCAGUUGGUGUCUCGAGAGGACCACACCCUGAGAUGUGAAAAUUACACCCUAUAAAUUGAAUACAGCACCAAAGGGUGAAAGUGGAAAUCGGAGGUGUUGUAAUGAUACCAAACAUGCCAAAGGGAUUUUUAACUAGCACUGCAUUUAACAUCGGAGUAAAAUGACCAUGCAGUGAGGUCCUCUAUGUACACCGGUUUACACCAAGGUUUAUGUUGUGUAACACAAGCCUUGAACACUGAAGUUCAAACCAUUAUUGCUCAUCUCGUUACCUGAUUCUUAAAACAGUAUAAUGAAAAUCCAUAUUCUGAUAGAAUUUUAUGAUGAAGUUUAAAUGCAUGAGCAGAUUUUGAUAAAUGAAUGUUAUACUAGCGUUAAAUUAGCCAUAAUGUAUACAUAUUCAUAUCUUAAUAAGAUUAUAGGCUGAAAGAUUAUUGUAAUUCAGCGUGUUAUAAUUCUAAAUACAUUAAGUAUAAUGUUCAUGUAUGACUGCGUUUUACUUAUUUCUUUAAAUAUCAAUAUUGAAUAUUUUUACAGCGAUGCUUGAACAUGUUCAAUUUCCAACCACACAGAUUAUUAGCACAAAUAUUAUAUGGUAGGGAUGUGCAAUAAUAUUUAUCAUAAGAAAGUUAGAUAUUUAUCACGUGAAAGUUAGAUAUUUAUUAUGAGCCUGCUUUUAUCAUAUUAUUUGGAAGAGAUGAAAGUGGAAGUGUAUUACUGAAGGUGUAAAAUAACUUAAACCCCAACCCCCUGCCGCGCCUCCAUCGCUCUUUUAUACUUUUAUCAUACCCUUAUAAUGUGGAACCGGGGGGGGGGUACGUACAAACACACACGUUUUCCAGUAAUGUGUAUAAAAACUUGGAAUUGACUAUUGAAUUGGCGAUUUUAUGCAUGUUAAUCCCUUUAAAAACCGUUUAAAAAUCGUUCCGCGACCCCUGCUAUAAUGCCAACGCAUUUGCCACUUUUCCGUCGAAUACCUUGUAGGCCUUUUUAUAUAUAUACAACAAAAAAAAAGAAGUUCUGUACUUCAAUCACAGCAUCUUAGAUGGCGGGGGAGGGGCAACACAUUUUGCACAAGUUUCUAAUGUGUUUUUUAAGCAUUUUUUUUUAUUACAGGGGCGCCCCCUCUCCCUAGAUCGACCACUGCCUAUCAAUAGCAAGUUAUUUUGAAAUGUGAUCCGAUAAUAUUAUUUCCAUGAUACACGAUUGAUAAAAAAAACAUAAGCCUAAGAUUGAAUUUCAUAUUUUUUCUAUCUCUUUGCCUCUUCCUUGAGGAUUUAUUAUUUCAAAAUAUAUACAUAUUUACAUAGGAUUUUUUUUUCAAGAGUCAAAUGAUAUUAGAUUCAAGUUUAGCUUUCAUGAUGAAUUUUAUCAUUCUUCAAUGUGUAUUCCAGGCUGAGAGUAAUAUCAUUUUCACAGAGUCAAAUCAGAUAAACAAAACACUGAAAUAUUAUCGAAAUUCAACAAGAAAUAACAAAGAUGUGACAUAUUUUAUUUUUUUGUAUAUAGUAUUCUAUAUGAUGACAAUAGUAAUUAUCAAUAUCCAAAAUGAUGUGUUCUCGGAAAGACCCAUUAACAUGACUUAGAAAUUUAUAUGAAUGUUAAGUAAAUCAUAUAUUGCAAUUUUUUAUUGUAUCUUUUCACUAUACAUACAAGCAAUGUUCACCAGCUUUCUCUUAUUUCAUUGCUGUUAUUGUAUUUCACUUUGUCUUGAAAUCGUUUUAUUAUAAAAUAAAAAAAUAUGUAAAGAUCAAUCAAUAAACAGAUUAAAGAAAAAACUAAAUAGGAUGACAAAUCAUUUGAAAUGCUGUUCAGAAUCUUUAAGAUAAAAUUUGUCAUGUUUUGUUCCGCAGUGUGUAUAAUUAAGCAUGUUUUUUUUUCAAUUGCUAUGUAUAUUCAUUUGAAGUAUGACAUCAUUAAAGGCUGUAUCACCCCCCCCCCCUCCCAUAUCAAACCAUCACAGCUCCAUCCCUGCUCACGCGGGCAAUUAAUCAAACAUUUCGUAGGCAAAGGAAAUCAUUGUGCCUACAAAAACUAUAAUUUCCAUCACUAAAUUUCUAUUGAUAUGAAUAAAAGCAAUUAAGGCACAUGCAAGGAUGGCGCUACAAUGGUACAAUGUGUCGAAAUCUAGAGAGCAAGUGCCCCUAUGACGUCCCAGUUUUCAAUAUUGAGCAACGUAAUAUGAAAUGAAUUAUUUGCAAAAGUAACUUCGGAUGAUCUAUCUAUGAGAAUAAAUGUUGACCAUGGC